AGGAGUCCUGUCCACACAGCACAGCAUGCUUCUACCAGCAGCUUCUAUGGAGGAUCUCUCUGUGAGGUAUUUUCAAGGAGAAGCUAUGCAGAAAAAUAACUCAUCCUACCCAGCAAUGUUUACCCUUUCUGGAUUAAAUGACUCAAGCACAAAUAAAUAUAUCUAUUUUUCUUUGAGUCUCAUAGCUUAUCUAUUUGUCAUUUGUGUUAAUGUAACUCUAAUUUUAAUAAUAGCUCUUGAAAAGACACUUCAUGAGCCCAUGUAUUUCUUCCUCUGUAAUCUGAGUGUUAAUGCACUGUAUGGAACUGGUGGUUUUUAUCCUAAACUACUAUCUGAUUUUCUUUCUGAUAUGCAUGUCAUCUCGUAUUCUGGAUGCCUACUUCAAAGAUUUGUCCUCCACAGUUUUGGUGUGUGUGAAUUAACACAUUUAACAGUGAUGGCAUAUGAUAGGUAUGUGGCAAUAUGCAGACCUCUGGAGUACCAUGCUAUCAUGACUCCUUUAAUGACUGGUAAAUUAAUACUGUUUUCUUGGAUUUUUCCAUUCUGUUCUGCAUGUAUUGGUACUCUAUUGACUUUCAGGUUGCCCUUAUGUGGCUCUCACAUUGAAAAAAUAUUUUGUGAUAACUGGUCAAUUGUGAAAUUAUCUUGUGUAGGGACUAUUGUUAACAAUGUAUAUGGAUAUGUUAUAAUAUGUAUAUUCUUUGUACAUUUCCUUUUUAUUUUAUUUUCCUACAUGAAAAUACUAAGAACGUGCCGGACUUCUACUAUCGCAAUGAAUAAAUGUAUGCAGACCUGUUUGCCACAUUUGUUGACGGUAAUCAACUACAGUGUUGCUGUGCUUUUUGAUAUAAUGUACACUAGAUACGGUUCAAGUGAUAUGCCACAGGCUUUACGCAAUCUCCUGUCAGUGGAAUUUCUAAUCGUCCCUCCUAUUUUCAAUCCUGUCAUUUAUGGUUUAAACCUUCAAAAGAUCCGGAACAAAGUCACAAGAAUGUGCAGCAGAAACAAAGUAAUUCACACUUAAUAGAUUCCAGAUGUAGUUGCUAGAAAUCAAAACUUCAAAUUGGAUAUUGCUUUCUAUAAUUAAUAAUAGAGCAAAAUGUGCUUAUGCAUAGAGGAUUAUUCCAUUUGUAAUUGACUCAAGAAAGUAACAGAAUCAGGUGAGUUAAAUGGACCCGAUGCACUGACUCAACCUCAUUGUAAACCUCUUCCUGAACCCUUCUUGGUUUUGUUAAUAUGAGCUGAUAUGUUUAUUUAUUAAGGGUCACUAAUUGCUAUGGGUAGCUUCACAUUUUAUAUAGAACAUUUUUUCAAAGGAAUCAAAUGUACUGCAUGCAUAAUGUAAUGUACUUUAAACUGAAAUAGUUUCUAUCCAUGUUAAACACAAGCUCAUUACACAUGCACAAAGCAGCAUGAAGCAAAUACAUUGCUGAUCUUGUAGUUAACAGUAAUUCCAGUCAGGCGUUCAAAGCAGAUUCAUGCACAGGUUAAUAUGCAUGUUUUAUAAUCUCAGAAACAAUAAAGAGAUGUAUUAAAUAAGCCAUAAGUCAUGACAUGAUUUACAUGUGUGUAUAUAAUGUUAACACUA